GUCUUCUCUAACUUUAUCUACUUUGCCUACAGCAGAUCGGCAAACUAUGCGUCAAAAGCGGGCGAAGACGUAUCGCAAACUCAUGCAUCUGUAUUCCAUGUCUUUUAGAUUCAGACAGCCUUACCAGAUCCUCGUAGACUCAGAAAUGUGCAAAAUAGCUAUAGAUUCCAAGCUGGAUCUCACUAAACAGUUUGCCACCGUGCUACAGGGAAAUGUGAAGCCCAUGAUCACGCAAUGCUCUAUGCAAGAGCUCUAUCUCCAAGGAAAGGAACGACAGCCUGCAGUCGAUUUCGCAAAGACGUUCGAACGCCGCAAAUGCAACCAUCGGGAGGCUAUCCCUGGAGACGAGUGCCUCUUGAGCGUAAUAGGCGACACUAACAAGCACAGAUAUGUUGUCGCCACGCAGUCGCAAUCCCUGCGCAAUAGCCUGCGCAUCAUACCUGCGGUGCCCGUAGUUCACAUAAAUCGCACGGUCAUGGUACUCGAGCCACCGAGCGAGGCUACACUCAAAGCCAAGGAGCUGACUGAGGAACAAUCACUUCGUCCGUCCGCUCCAGAGCUAGCGACCGUACCUCAAGUCAAACCAGUGCAAAAGAAGAGGAAGGGUCCAAAAGGGCCUAAUCCACUGAGCGUCAAGAAGAAAAAGCUUCCAGAAGCCUCUUCCCGACCUUCGCAAAAAAGCAAGGCCGAGAUAUCAGAUACCUCCUCAAACUUAAGUACUGCUGGAUCAUCGGGGCAAAAACGGAAGCAUGAAUCUCAGGAUAUCAACCAUGAGCACGUAGGACAGAGUGUAGGAAUGGCUGAUGGAACCCAAGACAUUACCAUGACCAGAACGAGGAAAAGGCGUAGAAAAACCGCUGCCGUUCCCCCAUCUUUACCGUAGCUAUUGCACGCUGGUUAUUAUUAACCAAUUCAUCUCAGAAGGUCGACGACGAUUAUAAGACUGCCGGAGAACGUAUGGAUUAACACCGGCGUAACAGUGGGGUAGGAAUAAUGGUACAACGUCUGUAAUCAAGCAUAUGCAACGACAAAGCUAACAGCCACCACGAAGACGGAGUACAAGGUGAAGGGUACUCUCCUUCUGAAUGUUGUAGUCAGAGAGUGUGCGACCAUCUUCCAACUGCUUUCCAGCGAAGAUAAGGCGUUGCUGAU